UUUAAAAAUUUCAAUUUUUUUUUUUCUCAACAAAAAUUCAAUGUAUCAUUUGAAGUGAUCACCGGUUUUGAUGAUUUUGCACAAAAGAUACAUUUUAGCGGCGAUUUGGUGUGUAAAAUUGAACUUGGUGGAAAAUUUAUGUUGGCAUAUGCAACUGCUGAAAAUUCGUAUAAUCGUUUAAAAAAUUAUAAGGGUAGAUUUCAAGAAAGAGCAGAAAAAGAUUUACAAGUUGAACGUGUUACAAUUCGCCCAGCUGAUGACAGUGUUACAAUACGAAACUUACGACGACCAGAUUUUAAUCCUUAUGAUAGACCGAAAAUAAGUGCUGAAGCUGAUAUGCAUUAA